AUGAGAUCGUGGAACAGUUUUGGAAUUCAUGAAAAAAUAUUAUAUGCGCUGUAUGAUAAGAAAUAUUUUGAACCUACAAAAAUUCAAUCGAGAUGUUUAGGUCCUGCAAUUUGUGGUCAGAUGGACAUAUUAGGCGCUGCAGAAACAGGUAGCGGUAAAACAUUAGCUUUCGGUAUUCCAAUUGUUAAUGGGAUACUUUCGAUAAUGGAAAAAGAAUUAAAUCAAUCAAUUGAAAGUUUGAAAAUGAAAAAUGAAAAAAAUAAUUUGUAUGCAUUAAUACUAACACCUACCAGAGAAUUAGCGGUUCAAGUUAGAAAUCAUUUAAAUGAUAUUUGUAAAUAUACAAAAAUAAAUAUCGCUUUAAUCGUAGGAGGUUUGGCACAUGAAAAGCAAGAAAGGAUUUUAAAUAAAAGACCUGAAAUAAUAGUCGCAACUCCUGGAAGACUUUGGGAAUUGGUCAAUGAUAAUAAUAUUCAUUUAUCAAAUAUAAAAAAUUUAAGGUAUUUGGCCAUAGAUGAAACAGAUAGAAUGUUGGAAAAGGGACAUUUUACAGAACUUAACGAUUUAUUGGAAAGAAUAAAUUUAAAUGAAAAUAAGAAAAAAAAAAGGCAAAAUUUUUUAUUUUCUGCAACUUUAACUGUUGUACACGAUCCUCCAUCAUAUUUAAAAGGGAAAAAAAAUAAAAGGAUAACUCCGGGACAAAAAUUACAAGAUUUAAUUAGUAAAAUUGGAAUAACUAAUCCUAAAAUCGUUGACAUUACGAAUACUCACGUGACAGCUGAAAAUUUAUCAGAGUUUAAAAUUCUGUGUCAAUUCGAAGAAAAAGAUUAUUAUUUAUUUCAAUGUUUAAGGUCUCAAAAAGGACGUUUCAUGAUUUUUUGUAAUAGUAUUGGAUGUGUAAAACGUUUGGCAAAUUUGCUUAAUAUUGUAAAUUUUAAGCCUUUACCCUUGCAUGCAAACAUGGAGCAAAAGCAAAGAUUAAGAAAUUUGGAAAAAUUUCGUGAUAAUCCCGACAGUUUAUUACUUGCAACUGAUGUAGCGGCAAGAGGAUUAGACAUACCCAAUGUGGAUUAUGUGAUACAUUAUCAAGUUCCCAAAACUGCAGAAAUUUAUGUUCAUCGAAGUGGACGAACUGCAAGAGCCAAUACGGUAGGAAAUGCUUUGCUUUUAAUAGAGCCUAAAGAAUUGGGAUUGUACAGGAAACUUUUACACACCUUGGGAAAAGAAAAAGAUAUCGAAGAUUUCAAUGUAGAUGUAAAUUCGAUUAAAAUAGUCAAAAAAAUAAUUAACGUUGCCAGAGAUAUUGAUCAAUUGAGUUUAGCUUUGAAAAGGGAAAAUUCAAAAACAAGCUGGUAUGACAAAGCGAUAAAAGAACUAGAUAUAAUUGUGGACGAAGAUGAAUUGCCUAAAAAAAGAAGUUCAGAAGCGGAUGUUCGAAUCAAAAGGGAUUUAAAUUCGAAAAAAAAAGAAUUAAAUCAACUGCUUUCAAAACCUUUCCUACCUUCAAAUUUUUCUUUUAAAUUUCCCGACAUGAAUGUAAUCAAACAUGAUGAGUUAGGUGAUUGUAGUCGAAGGGAUAAAUUGAAAAUACCUGGUGCUUUCGUAUUAAAAAAUGUACCCAAUGUUACAUAA